AAUGGCGUAUAAUUUUGAUAUUACGUCAAAGACUCCAAAACAGGUCUGCUUUGGACAGUUCCAAGUCAUUUGCCCUCCUCGAUCAUUUGCUGAGAUCGAGCUAACGAUUACUGACCCAAUUUUACAACCCCAGGAGGAGCUGGGGAAAGUCCGUCUUGAUUCGAAUGGCUUUCUAUCCAAGCCAUUGGUUGCCAAGGUUUUGGCCUGAAUACAAUUCACGUUAUUACAUACGACAGUGCUUACACAUAGUUCAAACUUCACUCAAGCCCUAAAAUGGUAAGGAACAGAUAUCAACCUGUGGGUGGCAAUUACGCCACAGAGGCUGAAAAAUCCCAACGAAGGGAGGAACGCCGUGAGCCCGCAUCAAACGGGCACAAAUCGUACGUUCAUUCAAGCACAAGGGCAGAACGCCAAGAUCCAAACAGCAGAUUCUUUGCCAACCCACAAGACCGCUACAAUCGUAGCGGUAAGACCAGGUUGGUUGACGAUCUAUUGUCUCAAGACAACAAUGAGCCCCAACCAGCCCAACGAGAAGUAUCCUUGAUCAAUAUGAAUCUGAAUGGAAAGUCAGUGAUGGGACUCACGCCCAAGUACAAGAUCCGAAUGAUCGAAGAGUUUCUGAAAAGUUUUCCCGAUGUGCUCUUCUUUCAAGAUGCCAUUGAUCUGGUGGAUUUAGUGCCCGUCCUGGAGGACGUGUCGGACAAGAAGCUUGAAUCGUAUUUCCAACUUGCCAACAUUGACGAAAAGGACCGGAGUGAUAUCCAUGCGGAUGUUCCAACAGCAUCCCGAAGUAUGACUGGCAUUGCUUGGAACAAAGAAAAGUAUGACGGUACCCCGCUCCAAUUGGAGGACGACCGAUUGGUAGAGCACGUGGACUGGUUGAAGCGACAUGACUUGACCAUUGUCAAAUUGGAUGCACUCCAACAAGAAGGUGCCAAGGAGCAAUUGCCCUCUUUCGUGGCCAUCUCAUGGCACGGGUCUGAUUACAGUACGCCAUUGAGGCAACGCAUUCAGCAAUGUGAGGAGCUCUUCAAAUUUCUCGAGAGGAUGAGGUCCAACAUCCGGAAGAUUCCCAUUCUUAUUGGAGGUGACUUCAAUAUGGACAUGAAAUCUUUCGAUACGGAGAAGUAUCCAGACUUGAUGGUCGCUCCAUUUCGACCAGCCUCUGGAGCCAAGGUCAAGGACAUCAAGAACACAUUCCUGGUCACAAUGGAUUCGCUGAAGAUCACAGAAACGGGAUACAAGCAGCAUCACCCCGAAAUAUUUUCCAGCCCUUUUAUCACGGCAAAAAUGCGACAAUUGGAGCAAAACCAAUCGAGCUCGGACAACGAUUUGGAGGACUCGCUCGAACAAGAAGACCAACAACUGAAUUCCCGUGACGACCAAAAUCAUGACGCGGAUAAUGACCGUUCUUGGGACAAUCAUCAUCGAGACUAAGAAGAUAUUGCAAAGUAUUUUUUGGUCGAUGUGUAAUUAUUUCUGAAUGUCUUCAAAUAGCGUCUUCAUGUCGAAAGUGGCAGAUAAUAAAGUAUUUCAUGCUCUAUUGUU